GGCCAGGGAUCCAGGGAUCCGGCAUGUGGAGGGUGUGGCCAGCGUGGCCACUACUGCUUUCACCCCGUUGAAAGUGCUGGGAUUUGCUGUCGAUGGCUUCUGGUGUUGGAGCUGGGGGACCUUAGACAGGAGAGUGGCCAUGUGAGGGCGUGGGCAGGAGUGUGCUAGUGGAACAGAAACCCAUACACGCAGACAUGCGUGUGCACAUGUGUGGCGGUGUGGGCACAGCAGAGCCACUAGCCUUCCCUGACUGGCUCCGAAAGUGGUCUCCCUGGCUGUCGCCUCCCCACCGCUCCCCGCGCGGUGCGUGUCUGCAGGUGCCCCCACCCCUGCUCCCAACACCGAAAGCCUGGGCGCAGAGGGCGGAAGCUUGAGCCCCAGGAGGGGCCUGGCGGUGGAGCAAGGUAGCCUGCGGCCAGCCCCGCCCCUACCUGUGUCGGCCCAGCUCUCCACACCCGCUCGCUCGCUCGCAGCAGAUAAAAGGGGCUCAGCCGGCCGAGGUCAACGAGUUCGCUCACCGCUUCGCCCGCCGCUACCUGCAGCCAAGAUGUCCAUCCACUUCCGCUCGCAGGCGUUCAGCUCCCGCUCCGCGGCCGUCCCGGGCCGCGGCGCGCAGGUGCGCCCGACCUCGGGGCGCUCGCUCCGGCUGGGUAGCAGCAGCCUCUAUGGCCUGGGCGCCUCGCGGCCGCGUGUGGCCCUGCACUCUGCCCAUGCGAGCCCAGGGGGCGCCGGCAUCCGCGAGGUCACCCUUAAUCAGAGCCUGCUGGCCCCACUGCAAGUGGACAUCGAUCCCUCCAUCCAGCAGGUGCGCCGGGAGGAGCAUGAACAGAUCAAGACUCUGAACAACAAGUUCGCUUCCUUCAUCGACAAGGUGCGCUUCCUGGAGCAGCAGAACCAGCUGCUGGAGACCAAGUGGGCGCUGCUGCAGGAGCAGGGGUCGCCCAAGAGCAGCCGCCUCCCCAGCAUCUUGGAGGCGCAGGUUGCCGGCUUGAGGGGGCAGCUGGAGGCGCUGCAGGUGGACGGCGGCCGACUGGAGGCGGAGCUACGGGACAUGCAGGAUGCGGUGGAGGACUUUAAGAAUAAGUACGAAGAUGAAAUCAACCACCGCACGGCUGCUGAGAAUGAGUUCGUGGUGCUGAAGAAGGACGUGGACGCCGCCUACAUGAACAAGGUGGAGCUGGAGGCCAAGGUGGGGGCUCUGAAUGACGAGAUCAACUUCCUGAGGGCCCUCAAUGAGCAGGAGAUCCGCGAGCUGCAGUCCCAGAUCUCCGACAUGUCCGUGGUGCUGUCCAUGGACAACAACCGCUCCCUGGACCUGGACAGCAUCAUCGCCGAGGUGCGCGCCCAGUACGAGGACAUCGCCCAGAGGAGCAAGGCUGAGGCCGAGAGCGUGUACCAGACCAAGGUUGAGACCCUCCAGGCCCAGGCUGGGAAACAUGGGGACGACCUCCGCAGUACCCGGAAUGAGAUCUCCGAGAUGAGCCGCGCCGUGCAGAGACUGCAGGCUGAAUUGGACGGCGUCAAGAACCAGCGUGCCAGGUUAGAGGCCGCCAUUGCCGACGCCGAGCAGCGCGGGGAGCUGGCCCUCCAGGACGCUCGUGCCAAGCAGGCCGAGCUGGAGGAGGCCCUGCAGCGGGCCAAGCAGGACAUGGCGCGGCAGCUGCGCGAGUACCAGGAGCUCAUGAAUGUGAAGCUGGCGCUGGACAUCGAGAUCGCCACCUACCGCAAGCUGCUGGAGGGCGAGGAGAGCAGGUUGGCGGAAGAUGGAGCCGGAGCUGUGAACAUUUCUGUGGUGAACUCUACAGGUGGCGGUGGCAGCGGGCUCACCUUCAGGGGGACCAUGGGCAGCAAUGCCCUGAGCUUCUCCAGUGCUGGGGGGCCCGGGACCCUCAAGGCCCUCAGGAGCAUCCGCAGCUGAGCCUCAGGUGUGAGGAGACCCACGUCCCCUUGGCACACAGGCACGGGGACUCCUCUGCCCGCCUCCCACCCCCGCCUCCGUGGGUCCCAGGACCAUCCGAACGUGAAUGUGGAUGUCAGGGAAACUUCCAAUAAAACAGCUGCUUCCUGAGGCCUGGAGAA